GACUGUGAUGAUGCGUCUGCUGUGGGUGGGACUCUGCUUUACUACUAUUUAUCCUGGCGGCCUGCCGUCAGUUACAGGGCAGCAUGGGAAUUGAACCUGAAACCUUCUUGACAAAAGAAAUCCAACAAAAAGAACCACAGGAGACCAGGUGCAAGAUGAUGACAUUAUAUUGUGACUCAAACCUUGGACUGCAGCUCUGUGAUCUGCCAAGCCUCAACCCCCAGUGACUCUGAAAGCUGAGCAGAAAUAAAAGAGCAUUCAUCUCUGUACUCUACUUAUCAAGCUGUGACAAGGACAGUAUUUAGUUUAGUCUAAAACUAGACCUUUGUGGUCCACGUGUCGUCAGCCAAAGGUUUUGUCAACAUCUUCCAAAUAUCAGUUGUUGAUAGUUUCUAUUCUAAGAAAGCUGAUCAUCAGGAUCUUUGAUAAAUCACUCCAACAUGGCGGCUGAAUCCAUGAUGGCGCCUGCCGAUAUUGCUGUUGUUGUCCUGUACUUUAUCCUCGUGCUGGUGAUUGGGUGUUUGUCCAUGUGGAAAGCCAAUCAGAACACAGUGAGAGGGUAUUUCCUGGCUGGCGGCUCGAUGAACUGGGUAACUGUGGGGGCUUCGCUGUUUGUCAGCAACAUAGGAAGCGAACAUUUUAUUGGACUCGCAGGAUCCGGUGCUGCGAGUGGUUUGAGCGUAGCUGCAUGGGAACUGAACGCUCUGUUCCUGCUUCAGCUGUUGGGCUGGGUGUUCAUCCCCAUCUAUAACCACGCAGGAGUUUACACCAUGCCAGAAUACCUGUCCAAACGGUACGGAGGGCGACGUCUGAAGGUCUACUUUGCAAUGUUAUUGCUUGUCCUCUACAUCGUCACCAAGUUGUCAGUGAAUCUUUACGCUGGAGCUUUGUUCAUCCAGGAAUCAUUGGGAUGGAAUCUCUAUUUAUCAAUCAUACUGCUAAUAGCUAUGACUGCUCUCCUGACUAUCACUGGAGGCCUCGCUGCUGUGAUCUACACAGAUACAAUCCAGGCAGUCAUCAUGAUCUUUGGAGCACUUUGUCUGACAGUCUUCAGUCUCAUUAAAGUAGGAGGACUUAAAGAGUUAGGGUUCAAGUACAUGCAAGCUGUGCCCAACAUCACCGCCGUCAUGAUGUCAUCACCUAACAUUACCUAUUCUGAAUCCUGCUACCAUCACCUCAAGCCAAAGCCAGAUGCACUGAAGAUUCUUCGUGGGCCGAGUGAUCCUGACCUGCCUUGGCCUGGUUUCCUGCUGGGCCAGACUCCUGGUUCUAUUUGGUACUGGUGUGCAGAUCAAGUUAUAGUUCAGCGGGUGCUGUCAGCAAAGAACAUUUCUCACGCCAAAGCUUCUACAAUCAUGGCUGGUUUUCUGAAAAUCCUGCCCAUGUUCAUCAUUGUUAUACCAGGAAUGAUUGCCAGGGUUUUACUGGUUGAUGAGGUCGUCUGCAUCAGUCCUGAACACUGCAUGGCUGUGUGCAAUUCACCAGCUGGCUGCAGUAAUGUGGCUUACCCACGGCUCGUCAUGACAGUGAUGCCCGUCGGCCUGCGGGGCCUCAUGAUGGCAGUCAUGAUUGCAGCUCUCAUGAGUGAUAUGGACUCCAUCUUCAACUCAGCAAGCACAAUCUUUUCACUGGAUAUUUACAAGAUGCUACGGAAGGAAGUGUCAUCCAGGCAGCUGGUGAUAGUUGGCCGGCUCUUUGUGGUUUUCAUGGUGAUUGUCAGCAUUGCCUGGAUACCAGUCAUCAUUGAAAUGCAGGGUGGUCAGAUGUUCUAUUACAUUCAGGAAAUAUCAGAUUAUCUAACUCCACCUAUAGCUGCACUUUUCUUGCUCGGAGUCCUAUGGCAUCGCUGCAAUGAGACAGGUGCUUUCUGGGGCGGGAUAGUAGGGUUAGCAUUGGGAGCGUUGCGUCUGCUGCUAGCCUUUAUUUAUCGUGAACCUCACUGUGACCAGCCGGAUGAGCGUCCUUCUUUCAUCAAAGACGUCCAUUUUAUGUAUACGGCAGCCAUCUUAUUUUGGGUGUCAAUUUUAGUGACUGUUGUGGUGAGUCUUUGCACUCCACCUCCGGAAACAGAGCUAAUCCAAACAACUACACUUUGGGGUAUAAACAUGACGAAGAAGGCAAAGCUGCAAGUAAACAAAAGUUGUGAAGGACAACUUGAUACCUUUGGCCCUGUUGACCAGGAAAAUGAUCGAAAAACUUACCAACCAGUUAAGUAUGGUGAUGAUACAAUCACAGACCAAAAAAUAGAACAAACAGGACACGUAGGGAGAAAGGAAAAUAUAAACAGUUCUGGAAACAAAGAAGCUCAGGGCACAGGUUUCAUAAAAGAGGACAAGUGGUUGGGUUCCCUGCAGGAUGAUUCGUCCAGAGACCAUGUCAUGACCACUCUAGAAGAGCAGACGAUUUCCAAUCCAAAUCAGGGUGAACAUCCACUAUUUAACAUAAUCCUGGACAUAGGACUAGUAGUUAUUUGCUUGGUAGGGGUCUUUCUCUUUUUCUAUUUCUCUGUAUAGAAAACUGUUGUUAUCCAUACAUACCAACUUGAAAAGUCGGUAAGUUAUCAAUAAUUAAAGUAUUUCAUUAGUUGUAUUUUUUUCAAAUUUUUUGUCUAACACUGUAUAAUUAUUUUCUUGUUUUUUGCUAUUCUGCAAUAGUAGACUAAAUAUCUAGGGCAAAUGUGUCAAACUUAAGGCUGGUGGGACAAAUGUGGCCCGCAGGAGCUUAAAAAGCAUUUAAUUGCCUAAUAUUUGUUUUUAAUACACAGGGCAAUGCACAUUAUGUGUAACUUAAUAAAUACUAAUUGAUUGCAGAAACAUGUAUUAAUAUGUUAUGGAGUAGUUACAUCUAUACAGGUAUAACCAGCCCUUCAAGGUGAACUGUACUGUUGAUGUGGCCACCCGGUGAAAAUUAGUUUGACUCCCCGAUCUAGGGUUUGUAUACUAACUAUAAAGGCAUAAACAUUUGAAGAUUUCCAAAACACCAGUGGACAAUUGUCAGUAGCAUACACAAAUGUAGAAUGCAAAACUAAAAAAUUAAAAUAAUUCCACCAUCACUCCA